AUGGCUCCAACCACGAACUUGCACACAGUUCGGCGUCUCAUAGGAAAGCAACUGGGCCCCCGCGUCCGAACCGGAUCAGAAAUUCUAAAGGAGGCUCUCUCCUCCUGCCAACUCCUCUCCACGGGUUUCUCACAUGUCGGCCGUGCAAAGAUGCCUGCGAGGAGCGAUCUAUGUCAGCGCCAGAUCGAUCGAUCGAUUGACUGGGUUCUCAUUCGAGGCCCAGACUUCAAUAAAUUCUUGGCCUGUCUUGCUGUUGGCGUGGACGAUUAUCUUCGCAUCUGCGAGGUUAAACUCAUGAUCCGUCUCGUAGGUGUGGGCCGCCACUUGUGA